ACAGUGUUGAGAAAAUCAAUUCUCUUUCGCCUAAAUUUUCUCUCUACUUCAUCCAUGGCGGCUCCAAUCCCUGAAAAUCUCAGCCGUGAACAGUGUCUUUACUUAGCCAAACUCGCUGAACAAGCCGAGCGCUAUGAAGAAAUGGUUCAGUUCAUGGACAAACUAGUCCUCAAUUCCACGCCGGCCGGCGAACUCACCGUUGAGGAACGGAAUCUCCUCUCCGUCGCUUACAAAAACGUUAUCGGCUCUCUUCGUGCUGCCUGGCGUAUUGUUUCCUCCAUUGAACAGAAGGAGGAAUCGCGGAAGAACGAAGAGCACGUGCAUCUUGUUAAGGAGUAUAGAGGUAAAGUUGAGAAUGAACUUUCGCAGGUUUGUGCUGGUAUACUCAAGUUACUCGAGUCAAACCUUGUUCCAUCUGCUACUACCGGUGAAUCGAAGGUGUUUUACCUUAAGAUGAAAGGUGAUUACUACCGGUAUCUUGCUGAGUUUAAGAUUGGAGAUGAGAGGAAGCAGGCUGCUGAAGACACAAUGAAUUCUUAUAAGACUGCUCAGGAAAUUGCACUGAUAGAUCUGCCUCCAACACAUCCCAUAAGGCUUGGUCUUGCACUCAACUUCUCUGUCUUUUACUUUGAGAUACUGAACUCAUCUGACAAAGCUUGCAGUAUGGCAAAACAGGCAUUUGAGGAAGCCAUAGCUGAGCUGGACACUUUAGGUGAAGAAUCAUACAAGGAUAGCACCCUCAUAAUGCAACUCCUACGAGACAACCUCACACUUUGGACCUCAGAUGCUCAGGAUCAGUUGGAUGAAUCUUGAUUGGCAUGGUGUCUCUAUUUAGGAUUGGGCUCUAAAUGUUGUUUGCUUUGUUGUGCUGACUUAUUGUAUAAGAAAAAAGACAGCUUCGCUUGACAUAUGUUAUGUUUGAUAUUUGACUAGUGGUGGUUUGGUACUUGGAAAUCUAGUUAGAUUAUUUAUCUUAUUGCAAUGGAACCUUAGUACUGUGUAUGAGAAAAAACUUUAAUGAAUGCUUGUGUCUUUGAGGACGUUUCAAAACGUAUCAUGAAAAUGGUUACAAUU